AUAUCGCUUGACACAGAUAAGUAGAUUGAUAAGACUCUACUGCACUCUAUUUCAAGUAUAACGUCAGAAUGUGGUGUGCUCUGCUUUUAAGUGUUUAUAUAGUAUCCGAUAUUGCAGCUGAAAAUCCAACAUGUAGAGAUCUACAACCAGGUAACUGCUGUGUCGAUGGAAAAGAGUAUAAACUUGGACAAGCUGUUCUUGAAUUUCCUGGUAAAACAGACGAUUGUCAGGGACUGGUUUGCAUUUUUGGUCACCUUGAAAAAAUUGAUAAUUAUCUUUGUCUUCAUCAUCACCAAAAAAAGGCCCAUUAUCAAAAGGAUCCUGACAGCUUGAACUUUGGCAGUUCUUUUAUUAAACGUCAAUAUCCUACUACAACACUCCCCCCAGCUUUAUCAACAUUGACCACUCUCCAAACAUCUCCAAAUGUCGGGUGCUACUACAAUGGAAAGUGGUAUAUGCCUGGCGAAAUGAUAGAACAAGGCAGAAGCGGGCACUGGUGUUAUUCCACGCAGUGUUCCUACAAUGGUCAACUGAUCCACGGUGACAACUUCCACUGCGGGGCGGAAACUACCAUUCCCACCACCAUACCUACUACUACUACCCCAACUACCACUACAACAGCAUUUUACAUUACCCCAAUGUACUGCUUCUUUAAGGAUCCCAUUUCCGGGCAAAUGUCUGUGUGGCGGGGUGGUACCACGGCCACACUGAGUGAUGGUACAGUUUGCAGAUGCGAAUAUUGGGGUAGAUUAUCGUGUCCUGAAAAGAAUGUUGGCAAAUGAGUUGAUAAAUUGGAGACCAGCGAACACUUACUCGAGUGACACGUCAUAUGCACAAAUAUGAUGGCCUAUUAAAUUGCUGAUAUCA